AUGUAUUUUGAGGAAGUACUUCAUGGCACAAAUAUACCAUUUCCGGCAUCUGACCAAAAAUUGAUGAUAGUUUAUCCUGAUGCUAUCAAGAACAUUGUUCUCUGGCUUAAAGACAAACCCAAGAGGUAGGCAAUUACCAUUCAAUACUCGUGUACUCAACUUGCUUUGUUGUCGAAAUGUUUUGACUUUGGAAAGAAAAGAUUUGGCGUUGCAAAUGCAUAUUAUAGAGGUUUCAGAUUUGACUUUCAUUUCCGCUACCACUACCUCAACUGGCUUAGUACGCAUCUGAUUGGUUUAUUUGGUUAAAAUCGGAUUUAUUAUAUAAACAUAAGUGUUAUAUAGAGUUUUUGCCACUGAGACACGAUAUUUUUAACACGAUAUUUUUACGUGUGAAAAUAUCAUUUGUUGUAAAACGCAUUGUCACGGACGUUUUAUUGUCUUUCACUGAAUUUUGUUUAUAAAAUAAACAGAAAAAUACAUGGGUGCUUGGAAAUACCAGAUUUAUUUCUCAUGUUGAACAUGAUAUCUCACUCGUUCGCCGCGCUCACUCGUGAGAUAUCAUGUUCAACACUCGAAAUAAAUCCGGUAUUCCCGCGCACCCAUGUAUUAUUCUCUAUAUAUCAACCGCAUCUGUAAAAGUGAUGACACCACAUGUUGUGAAAGCUAUUUUUGAAAAAUUCAAAAAAUUUUUUUUAGACAUUAAUUAAGAGAAUAGUAGUCCCCCUGUCGCCCACCCCCUCCUGUCCCAGUGUCGUACCCUACUGUAUUAAUUUUUCCUCCCAUUGUAGUUUAUUAGCGAACGAAAUAAUCUGGAAUGUUUUUCGAGGCUUGAUCAAUGCUUUACCUGAGGCAUUUAGAGAAGCACAAGAGAAAUAUAUUCAAAGUGAUUUUGGUAUAAAAAUAACUGCCUCCAGAUGGGAGACAUGCACUGGUUUGACCGACAGUUAUUUUGCAUAUGCUACAGCACUACUGUAUGUGAAUGAAAACUUGUCAGAAGAUGCUAGGAUUAAAGCGGUAAGAUUAUUUUAUUAUAUGUCGGUGGAAUCGAUCUGUUUAUAAUCAUAGUAGGAGUACAGUGCCUAGUUUUAAAAUUAGUCUAUAAUGGGAAUUGCCUAUUGUUGAAGGGGUUUAGUUCCUGGUGAUCUCGUGUUCGUAUUUUCGCCAAUCAGCGCUCAGAAAGGGUUGUUCGGAUAGAAAUCCAUUUUGAUGUAUUCAGUCAAUUAUAUCUUUCGUUAUUCUUUAUGAAACUAGUUGAAAUUUUGUAAUUAUGUUUGGUUAUAAGAACUAUAGCUCUGACAAAAAUAUGGAAUCGAAAUAAAGUAUAUCACAGGAGAUAUUCAGUUGUUUUAAUCACAAAAUGGAUUUCUAUUUGACAACUAGUGCCAGUACUUUUCCGCGUAUCAAGAUCACCUGGUUAUAUCGAGUGAGACGCCCCAAAGAUAUUUACCCAUACAUCGUACAUUGACAUCUUACUAUUUAUAAAUGAACUUGUAGUUAGAGCUCGACAAAUGGACUCUGUACCUCAGUUGGUUUAAACGCUACACCGGAAUCGCAGGGCAGCAGGUCGAUUCGAAUUCCUGCCAGAGGGAUAGUUGCAUUUUUCGCAGCUGCUCCUGCAUGAUUAUGUCUAAUAAUAGUGUAUGUAACACCGUCUUACUGUAAGGUUAUUUAUUACAUCUUUAUAGGCAGCGGAAAUGUUUACAGAAAUUAAAAAUCAAUUCAUUGAUGGCUUGGAAGAACAAACAUGGAUGGACAAUGCAACGCGCGCUCAGGCUCGCCUUAAGGUCAGUGACGCGAAUGGCAAAGAAAGUACGGGUCUUAAGAAAGGAAGAGAGAAAACGCAUGGGUGACAAUCCAUUCCAGAAACUGUGCGUGUGUGUGUGGGGGGGGGGGCUGGCCGGUGGACUGGAGGCAUGUGCCCCCUUAAAUUUUAUAGUAUUUUCACAACGAUUUCUUAGGGCGAAACGUAUAAUUUUUAUUUUUCAAUUGAAACUUUGAAGUGCUGUGGGAUAGGGGUGCUUACAGAGGUUGUUAUAUUCAUUGAGAAGAUUUGUUUUUCUAAAGAAAUUAAGAAUUUCAAUCGCAAAAUGAUGUCAGUCCACCACAACUCAAUAACUAUUAAUCAUGGCAAAGGGUGAUUAUAUAUUUAUCAUCCCUACCACAAAUAGUGGGAGGAAGCGCCUCCAGACGCCCUUGAGAAGAUGGCCUAUUUAUUUUGUUAUAUAAUAGUGAUUACUUUUUACAUAUAACUAGCUAAAGAAAAUGAAGAAAUUGAUUGGUUUUCCAACGUUUAUUAAGAAUCCUGUUAAGCUGAACAAAUUUUAUAAAAAUGUAAGUUUUUAAUCUUUAGUCUCACAUUAGAUUAACCUGCGAUCAGGCUCUAUUUUACAAAUAAUAGUCUGACACAAUUCUUAAUCCGAUCGCUUUCCACCCACAGCAAAGUUUAUAUUUAGUAUCCAAUCAAAAUGUCGCAGGAGAAAUUUAAAUUUCACACAACGACAACAACAAUCUAAUUAUAGUUGUGAUCACUAUAAAUAUAUCAACGACAAUAUAUAAUGUAAUUAGCACCAACCAAUCAAAUGACAAAUUAAAAAAUCUUUUGUCGCACAAACCAAUCAGAUUUACAACCGAAAUACGGUUGUAAAAAUAUGGACUUUUGUUAAGAUUUGUAUCAGGCCUAUUUAUUUAUUUAUAGGCCUGAUCGCAGGUUAACAUUAGAUAUGUUGUACAAGUCAGAAUUAAAUAUGUUAUCUAUUGUGGUUUAGGUUCAGGUCAAUCAAUAUCGUGUUUUGCAAAAUACCCUAAGUGUUUGGAAAGAUCAAGUUCUGAAGGAAAUGAAUAAAUUGGGAAAGCCUCCAAACAAUAGCAGGUGAUGAGUCUGUUGAAACAAUCAGGGUUAAUACAGGGGCGGAUCCAGGGCCGUAGCUAGACCGAUAAUUGGGGGGGGGGGGUAUAUUCAUGUAUUCGUGUUCUGCCUGACGGAUUUCUUUUGAAAGGGAUUAUUUUUACGGUAUGUGAACAUGAAUAUAUGAAUAUACACCCCCCCCCAAAUAUCGCGCCUUGCUACGACCCUGGGCGGAUCUACCGUGGCAGUUUCCCUCUUUAGAGGGAAAGACCCUGGCAAUAGCUGGUCACAUGGCUCCCAGAAAAUUGAUUGCUUAAGGGGGUGUGGGAAAAGUAUCAUAUCACAUGCUUCCACUUCAGCACGUAACACUUCGAUCGCCAAGAGUGAGUGUUAUGUACAAUCAACUUUGAGAAUCGCAUAUACGUCAAAAUACUUGCUAAAUUUGAUUUCUGUUUGCUCUUAAAUUAUAAAAAUAUGCUAAACGUACAGGUUUUUAUAGCAACAAGUCAGGAUGUCGCAAAAGCUGAUAUGUAGCUGUUUCAAGAUGAUUUCAACAAAUCUGUUUCAAGAUGAUUUCAACAUCCGGCGUAGAACAAUUAUCCCCCGAGCCAACGGCGCCGAGCGCCAUUCCGAGCGUUAGCCCGACGCGAGGUUACUAAUUCCGCCCGGCUACAUACACCCGGAGAAAGGGAAGCAUUAGCGAAAUCUAAAGUUAUCAAUGAUCGCGGGCGUGGGCAACCAACCGUGGUUGGUCAUCCUCACUGAUCUAAAAAAUAUGGCUGUUUGCCAGGAGUGGGAUAAUCAAGAUUUCAAUUUUCAAAAGAAUAUAUUUGGAAAAUCACUUAUCACACAAUGAGUUUGUAAGCAAUUUUUGUUUGAAGAAAUGAGAAGAAUUGAUUUACUGUGGGAAAUCGUAAAAUAUAGGGCAAGUUUGCUUUGAAUGUUUAAUGUUUAUGAAUUUUGUUGCUUUAAUUUAUUGCGUAAAACAUGCACUGCUUUCCUUUUAAAUGAAGCUGUAUUAAAGUUUGCUAAAUAUAUACCCUUUUUAAUUUAAGAAAAAAGGUAAAAUGUAAAGGAAAGCAAAUUAAUUUCAAAACCGAACUGAAAUUACUCAACAAUAUGAACCUAUUUUGUUUUAUUAAGUAAAAACAAUUUAUCGGAAAAGAUAAUAGUUUAUAUUAAAAUGAACAUUUCAAAACAUUUUACUGAGCGAUUCAGAUUAAAUUUUACAUUAAAUCAAAGCUCACAAAAUGCAGAACAACAUACCCACAGUACAUAUUUCGGAAAUUCACUGUUAUAUAGUUAAAAGCAAUAAUCUUUUAACUAUUUUUGGCGUGUUGUACAAAAAAUAUAAUAAAAAUACAAAUAUAAUAAAAUUAUCGUGUUGCCAUGGCAACACUGACGUAAACGCAAGCCUGCGUUCAGUGUUGAUCAAUCACUAAUACUUCAUGUUAAAUCAAUGUUUGGAAAAUACAGGCGAAGGGUUGCUGCAUGCAUGUAUUUCUAGUAUUUUCAUUAAAUUUGACAGAUAAAUUUAGUGCUCAGAAUGCAGGAAACGACAUUUCAGGACUUCAAAUUUCAAGAAUUUUCCGAGGGAGCAUACUCCGGAAGCCUUAGUAAUGCACCCUCUCCACCCCUUCUGGGAAACCUCCACCCCUUCUACGAAAUAAGGCCAGACCCGUCCUUCAAUCAAUCGAUCAAUCAAUAAUAAAUCAAUAAAUCUUAAUCCAAUAAAAUAUUAUAAUUUUCAACCAAUACCAUUACGUAAUGGACGCCUUACGCUUUAGAAAAAUUUUUCAUCUGGGAAUAACAAAGGAUAUUUUCUGAAAAAAGUUAUCAAAAUUAGAAAAAUUGCAAAGUUUGGUUGCGAAAUGUUAAUUGUAAAAGACGGAAAAUAUAGCCCUGGGAAGUUGGCAAAUUUGUAUACAUUUCUAUUACGUGCGGAAAUUGGUAACUAAUUUAGUUACCAAUUCACGCACGUAACACAAAAGUAUACAAAUUUGCCAACUUUAAAGGGCUAUAUUUUCCGUAUUUUACAACAUUUCGCAACCAAACUUUGUAAUAUUACUAAUUCCAAGACGCUCUUUCCAGCUGUGGUGAUAGAUUUCGUUGUUCUUGCUUAGAUUAAAAUUUAGUCUAAAGCGCAAGUCGUCCAUUCAGUAAAAAUGCAACUGUAUACAUAACUGAAAACAGGUUUAUUUGAGGUAGUGACAUCAGGGGCAAAGGUCAGAGUCAUCCAGCGAGCAUAGGACUUAUAAAUAGGAUGUCUCCUUUAUGCUUUAAUUAUGUAUGUGAAUAAUAAUUAAAUGUGACAUAACUCAGACAGCAAUGACGGUUAACGUAAUCAUAAAUUUAUGACUAAGUGAUUAAUAUUUCAACAUUGUAUUCCUGAAGCAACUUAAUGUGUUUGUAACAGUAUCAAUGAGGGAAUUCAGUAUACCAAUAAGUAGAAAUGUAUGUGUACAAAUACUUUAUUUAAAGUUAUCUUUCUAUUUUCUAUACAGAUUUUUGAUGCCACCUCUUACAGUCAAUGCAUUUUAUGUUCCUUCUGCAAACGCGAUGAGUAAGUCUAGCAUUACCUUUAACUAAAUCCUCUUACUAAUUAUUUUCUUCGUGCUCUUCGCCCUCCUAUCAUUCAAUACCUACCUACCUACCUAUCUCCUUGCUUACCUUACGUAUCAACCGACUUCCCACUUCAUUCAUUUUAUUUUCAUGGGUCUUUUCAUAUGUGUGUUGACCAUAGGCGUACCGGGCGGGGGGGCGGGGGGGGGGCGGUAGCCCCCUAGUUUUUUGGGCAGUCGGGCAAUAUUCGAUCAACAGUCGGGCAAUUUCGGUUUGCAAUAAAAAAAUGGGACAAAUUCUGUCAAUUUUGUCUAAAAUUAGGUCACUUUUUGGCCAAUUUUUUGAUUUUUCGAAAAUUUGUGUUAUGUUCCGAAAAAUAUUGGUUGUCCGGAAAAAUUUUUUGACCCCUAAAAUGGUACACUGACCGAAAUUUUUUUGGCGAUGGGUGGGGGGGGGGCGCCACAAUAAUUUUUCCGGAAAAAAAAUUUUGGUACUAGUCGGGCAGAAUCCCGAAAAGUCGGGCAAUUUUCUUUCCGCCCCCCUAAUUUUUUCCUUCCGGUACGCCCAUGGUGUUGACCAACUUAUUAUUGCUUAUCUUGGAGCUAUCCUGGCAGGAAUAUUACAACCACCUUUCUACAAAGACGACAGACUGAAGUAAAUGAUUUUGUUUGGUUUUGUAUGCGUCACUAGAAGACUGCUCCAGCUCAUAACUGUUGCUUUUGUGCAUUUCAGAGCGUUGAAUUAUGGUUCUCUUGGUAUGGUCGUAGGACAUGAAAUUACACAUGGCUUUGACGAUUCAGGUAGGAUGAUACAAUUAAGCGCUAAAACAAAAGAGAUUUGGAUUUAAGUUUUGACCGCUGGUAGUUGAAAACUUGUAUUGAGUUGUUGUGCCAUUCAAACGAGUGAGUAAAUGAUCUAUUCGCAUGUGUUGUAUGCAUGCAAGUAACACUGAAUGUAAUAAUUCUGUUUAGUAUAAUUUCAGUAUUGAAAAAUGGCCUUUGAGCAUUCUGAUUGGCUCCCUCAGCAGUUACUGCUCUGGGCAGUAACUAUUGCUUUACGCAGAAAAAUGGCUGAAAAUCAGACGGAAGUGAAUUAUUUAUACAAAUUAUAUUCAUAAAAUAAACACGUGUAUUAGUUGUAUUUAUAAACAAAACUUUUUCAAUACUGAAAUGACCUCACGCUCGGUUAUUACAAGCCUAUAUUCACUUCGCCUUCGGCUCAGUGAAUAGGCUUGUAAUCACCUCGUCCUCGGUGACUAAUUGUUAAAUAAUGUUUUCACGUAAUUAUAUUAAUAAAUUGUAGUAUGGUUUAAUUUCUCGUGCAAUUUGGAAAAACAAACAUUCGUAAAUCUUUCAAAGAUUUCUAAUGACACUAAUCCUUCGGACUCUGUUGUUGAAAAAAUUAUUUGUGCAUGCUUUUUCCAAAUUGCACGCGGAACGAUACUAUAACUUAUAUACAUAUAGCCAUUCUGUAAACAUCACAAACAGGAAUUGAGUUCGACGAGAACGGAAAUUUGCGCCAAUGGUGGACCAAGAAAUCAAAGGAAAAUUUUGUGAAGCGGUCGACAUGUUUGGUUGAAGAGUACAACAAAGUUAAAAUAUUUGAUUAUAAGGUUUGUAAAGAAGGUUUGUCAUUUCUGAUCAGUUCCAUCAUUCAUUUCAAUAAUCUUGUAUUUUUAAAGUUUUAGUGCAUGUUCAUAUAUGCCCAGCUAACCGGCAAACAGCCUGAGUACAGAGAUCUUAAUGCGUUUGUUUUUGGAUAUUCUCUCAAAUUGUUUGAAAUUGAAAGCGGGCGUUUUGUUGAAUGGAUUUUAUUCAUGCCUUAUACAAAGCUGUUUGAAACGGUUUAACGUCACUUUUUACUGAUUUUUAACGCCUUCUGUUCAGCAUUUUAGUCCUUAAAUUUUCUGAUUACAUCUUUGAAAAGUCUUUGAAUUUUACUUUUCCUGACCUGUAGCUACCAACCCACUAGCUGUUAUAUAACCACAACAUAAUAAUGGACACUGCAUUUCUUAGGUUGAUGGCAACAAGACAUUAUCAGAAAACAUUGCUGAUAACGGAGGUCUGAAGUAUGCUUUUAGGGUAAGUGAAGGUUGGAUUAGAGAUUUUUGUGUGAUUAAGGCUUGUUUUCUCGUUGGAUUUAAUGCUGUUGAUUUUUUGUUCGGGAAAAGCAGACGUUUUAAAGGGAAAUAGCAAAAAAUUAAGUUUCUCCCUUUUGGAAGUGGGAUUCAACAUUAUUCAAAAGCUUUUUACAGAUUUUCUAUAUCGUGUAUAUAUGCAUAUCCAUCGUCGGAUAUGCGUGACGUUACAACCAGAGUAACAUCAUUUUCUAUCGUGAGCAAUUCUCAGACCAUUUGAAUGAUAAAUCCUAUUUUUUACUAUUGCCUAUUUUAAAAUAAAGCACUAGCUAUGUAUAAUCUUUCCACUAAUAUUAUUUUUUCAAGUGCUACCUUGGACCCGGCUUGUGACCCCAUUUAUUUAGAUCUAUAACUAGAAAUACAUGCAUGCAGAAACCCUCGCCUUACUGAGAAAACCAUAUUUCCCAAACAUGAAGUAUUUAAAGUAGUUCUCAUGGUAACACGAUAAUUUUAUUAUGAAUGUUUUUAAAAUUGAAAAAUCCCCCCAAAAUAUUACUUUUAAUAACAAAAUUAUCAAUUUCCCAAACAUAUAUAUACAUAUACAUAUACUAUACACACAUAUAUGCACACACAUAUAUACAUAUACCGGGUGUCACCCAAAAAACUUGCGCUGAUUGAUGUAAGGUAAAAACUAUAAAAGCUUUUUGGCCUACACUCAAAGAUAUUUUAUUGUAUUCAGGAAAGGCUAACUUAGAUCUUGAUAUACAGCCCUAAAAAUGUCUUGUAAUAUUACGUGAGAUACAACUGUCUGAAUCUGGUGCACGCUUUAAGAAUGAGUAAAAAAAUCGAGAAAUACGGAUGAUCAAAUUUAUAUAAAAACAAUUGCCAUUUUCCACAAAAAUUAACAAUUUCAAUUUUAGCAUUUGAACUACCUUAACUUCAAUUUCGGGUAAUGUCCUAAGUAACCUAGCCUUUCGUGUUUCUUGGGAAGCAAAAUAAGCAUAAAAUUUUCGGUAACCACUGAGUAUUGUAAUAAAAUACAAUACAAUGGAAAAUCCGAAGAAAUGCAUCUUUUUUAUUCAACGUUUCGACUACUGUUGAGUCAUUAUAUAUACUGGGAAUUAUGCAUGAAAGCUACUAAAUAUUUUACAACUUAUAUAUACAGGUGUUGUGACGUGAAGUCAGUCACGUCAUGAUAUUCUUAAUUUAAGACAUUACGUAAUUAUGUUGACUCAUGUUUUUGCUAUAUUUAUCGUCUUAUGUAAUAUCUAAAAGUAGUAUGAUGUAAUGUUCUAUAAAUAUCUAUCGGAUAGUAUAUAAACAGCGAAAGCUUAAGUUAAAGAAGAUAGUUAGAAGAUUAUGAGAAAGAAUUAAAAAGUUUAGAGAUAAUUGUUGUUGUUGUUCGAGAAGAAUAAAUUGAUAUAUUGUUGAAAUUAUUGUCGUUGCAAACUUCAUAAGACUCAGAAGAAGGAUAUUACAAAUACAAGAAAGCCUCCUUGGCCAGCGCGUGUCGCUGUGUCUGGUCAAGGAGGGCAACGAUCGUAAAGAUGCAGACAUACACUUUUGUUCGUUCUCCCUCCCCAAGUAACAAAUGGGGGCUCAGGCGGGAAACUAACAACGGGAAUGCAACAACGGGAAUUGUAAAACGAAUGUAAUUGAACAUCUCAGGCGGGAAACUGACAAUGGGAAAAUAACAACGGGGAAAUGUAGAAGGAACGUAACAACUGGAUAUAAUCUCAAGCGGGAAACCACUCUCUUGGAUGCAUGAGAACGGUAAUUUUGUUGUCAGUCUGAUGAUUUUUCUUUUGGUGCUAUAUUGUUGAUGGAUGUCUUUCCAGUUUUAUCGUCGUGCAGUUAAAGGCUGAAGGUAGAGGUAGGCUGAAGGCUGAAGCACAAGAGACAAGAGUGCAACGCUGA